AUGAGGGCCAAACGUUCUAAGAAAUACCGCAAGCUUAUGCACCAAUAUGAGACGACCUUUGGCUUCCGUGAGCCAUACCAGGUGCUCGUCGACUCAAACUUCCUGCAUGCGACCGAUCAAUUCAAGAUGGACCUGCUCCCUGCUCUUGAGCGAACUCUCCAGGGAAAGCCAAAGCCACUUCUCACAAAAUGCUCUCUUGCCGCUAUUUUGGCCGCGCAGCCCAUCAAUCCUAAGACAAAUACACCCUAUCGACCACGCCAUCUCCCCCCACCAACAGAGCUCCCUCUCCGCCACUGUUCCCACAACCCAGAUUCUACUCCCAUCGAUGAGGUAGAAUGUCUUCUCUCUCUCUUGUCCCCAAGCCUAGAUGCCAAGAAGAACAAAGAGCACUACAUCCUCGCAACUGCCGACCCGCCAGCUGCGAAGAAGGCCGAUAAGGCCGAUAACCCAGCACAGCGCAAGCGCAAGCGCGACGAGGAGCGCGAAGAAGAGCGCGCACUGCGCCGCUCCCGUGCUCUGCGUGCUGGAGCCCGAUCCAUUCCCGGUGUGCCAAUUAUCUACGUUAAGCGGUCCGUCAUGGUUCUCGAGCCUCUGAGUACGCAGUCCGAGAAUGUGCGGGAUGGAGUUGAGAGGGGCAAGUUCCGUGCUGGAUUGGACGAGCCUGGUAUUGGGGAGAAGAGGAAGCACGAUGGCGAGGGUCCUGAAGGUGGUGAGCGGAAGAAGAUUCCUGGGCUUAAGAAGGCCAAGGGAGCGAAUCCGUUGAGUAUGAAGAAGCCUAAGAAGCGAACCGAGAAUGCGGCUGCUUCCAAGAAGGAUAAGCCAUCGGGCGAGGGUGACCAGGAGGCUGAAGUUGAGGCUGAUGGCCCCGAGGGUGAGCAGUCUGGUGCUUCUAAGCCGAAGCGCAGACGUCGUCACAAUAAGAGUGGUCCCUAUGCCGGUGGUGAUGAUGCUGGUGCGGAUUUUGAUGCGCCUGUGGAGGCUAGUCAAGCUAUGGAGGUGGAGGCCUGA